AUGUCCUACACUACACAUACUAACUACUCACCAUGCAUGGACAACAGCACCACCCUCACCAACAGAGCAUUGCAGCCUCGUACUGGCGCCAUCCUCCUCGAACUCGGCACCAAAAAAGUAAACGUCGGUAGUUCCUCUCCCGCCGCCCUCUACGACCAAGUCUACCACGCCCUGCAAGCCAUCUGCCCCCCAACAGCACCCGGCGCCUGCCUGCAAACAACAUCGACCUUCCGCGUCGACGUAGAAAAGCGCGUCCGCGCCGACCGCAGCGCCACCGCGCCCUUCCCAGAAGACCUAACCGUCUCCGUAGACCGCGCGUGGUGGAACAGCGACUCGAAAAUCUACUUCCUGAUGGUGGGCGUUAUCGCAGGUAGUUUUGAGCGGGGCAUCUGGGAUGCGGCGAAUUGCUAUACGUUUGUGGAACAUAAGCGCGGCCAUGACGUUGAGCAUAGACAUUGUAAUUCGGUAGACUAUGUUGCUGUGCAUUUUCCGGGUGGCUAUCAUAUGCAAGUGCAUUUUCGCAGCUCGAGUAGCACGGGGAGCUUGGAUUGCGGCAAGGUGUAUCCGCAUGCGGCGGGUUAUGUGGAUACGUUGCAGCCGCAGAUUGAGGAGGCGCUCAAGGAUGGGGAUUUGUAUGUUACUGCUAAGUGCAUGUGGUGGGAGAGGUAG